CCCCGGGGCCGGGCACCGCCGCGGGGACGGGAGGAGCUGCCGCCGCCGCUGCGCUCCCCGGCCCGGCGCUGGGGGAGCGGGCGGUGCCUGAGGAGCUGGGCCAUGAGGUUUCCUUUGCCUGAUCUGUAAACAUGUCCACAGACCUGCUAUGGUGUGAGGAUUGUGGUAAAAGCCUUAUAGGAGAAUGCAAACUCCACGGACCACUCAUCAGGGCUAAAGACAGGGCUAUUCCUAGCCGAGCCCGUCUCACCCUACCUCAUUACCUCACUUUGCGAGUGUUGGAGCUGCGAGCUGGAAACCAGCAGAUCCUUGGAGUAUUUGCAAAGAAAGUAAUACAGAAGAGAACACAGUUUGGUCCUUAUGUUGGUCAACUGUCUACAAAACUGACCUGCUAUGAUGACAGCAGGCUAGUCCUGCAGGUAUUGAAAGAUGGAGGGAAGUAUUUUUUGGACACUCCCAAUGAAGACUGUGGAAACUGGAUGAUGUUUGUCCGGCUAGCCCGGAACCAAGAAGAACAGACCCUUGUGGCUUAUCAGCACUGUGGAGAAGUCUACUUCACAACUGUUAAGCCAAUUGAACCGCACACAGAAUUGAAAGUAUGGUAUGCUGCCGAUUAUGCCAAAUUUAUGGAAGCUUCUGCAGUCUUCAUUAAAGAAGAAUCUGAUGUCUGUCCUUUGCCUCCAGUAGCAAAAGAGCCCGCAGACCCUUGGAUAUGCUCCAGCUGUGGAGGCACUUUCACAACUUUUGCUUUGCUGGAAUCUCACCAGUGCACCCAUAAAGACCGAGUCCUGACCACCAGGAUCAGACCACCAAAUAAACUGGGACCCAUAAAAGCAAAAAGCAAACUCAAAGGGAAACUGCGAGGAGCUGCAUUAGGCAAAAGCAUUGCUCCGUGCUUUGGGACCAUUUCUUCUGCUGCGAAGCUUAGCUGUGCCAGCUCAGGAAGCCCUUGUGAUGCCCUUGUGAGGCUUAUACCUAAAUGGAGAAAUGGCCGGUCUUCACUGUUGAAGGGAAGAGAAGUGAAGCAGCCGGACAGUUACCCGUGCCGACUCUGUGGGAAGAUAUUUGAUUCCAUUAACAAGCGCAGAGUCCACACUUACGUGCACAAAGCGGAGCGCCCCUACAAGUGUUCACAGCACGGAUGCACAAAAGCCUUCAUUUCCAGAUAUAAACUGCUCAGGCACUCAGCCAUUCAUUCUCCACAGAAGUCUCACCAGUGUGGCUACUGUGAAAAGACCUUUCACAGGAAAGACCAUCUAAAGAAUCACCUUCAGACUCAUGACCCUAACAAGAUGGCCUUCAAGUGUGAAGAGUGUGGCAAGAAGUACAACACCAAGCUAGGCUAUAAGAGACACUUGGCUCUUCAUGCAGCCACCAGUGGGGACCUUACCUGUAGGGUAUGUGCCCAGGAGUUUGGUGGUACUGAAGUUUUGUUGGAACACCUUAAGAGCCAUGCAGGGAGACCAACUGGCAAUACAAAAGAAAAGAAACAUAAGUGUGACCACUGUGAGCGUCACUUCUAUACUCGUAAAGAUGUGCGGCGUCACAUGGUAGUUCACACAGGCUGCAAAGACUUUCUGUGCCAGUUUUGUGCCCAGAGGUUUGGGCGGAAAGACCACCUGACUCGCCAUACUAGGAAGACCCAUCCACAAGAACUGCUGAAGAGCAGGUUGCAGAAUGGUGACUCAGUGGGUCUCCUUGACCAGCUUUUUCCACUAAGACUGAAACAAGAUGCCAGCAUACUGUCCCCUUUUCCUGAAAGUGUCUCUGUGCAGAAUGGGAUUUUGAGUAGUUCACAAUCAGAGGAAUACACUCUUCAUUCCCAGCCAAGCUUACCAACUGCCCUUCCUCUUGACCCUUCUCCCCACUUGCAAAGGAUGGGCUGUGCAGACAGCCUUCCAGCUGUCCAUACCACACCAUGCUCAACAGCCAUUCCUACCAACCUGAACCUGCAUCAGCCUAAUAAAUACGACCUUAGUUCUACCUCAUUUGCAGCAGCAUCCCUCAAAAAUCUACCAAUAAAAGUGGAUGUUAAAGGUUAUAAUGUGCAUCUUCCAGAGGACCUGCCAUUAACAGAACCUCAGUCUCUCCACAAAAUCAGUCUGGAAGAAGCUUCCUCAGGGCCUGUAGGGGAUACUAACAAGUACCCAGUGCACAAGGAGGCAGAGGCGGCAGCUGAGACUAUGAGCCUGCCUUUCAUGGAUCUCACUCAUGUGAUGAGUUUCUGGCAGCUCCCACAAGGUGACCAGAACACCACUGGGGACAUCACAAUGGCAUUUGGUCCAGAGGAACCAUUACACAGGCUAAAUGGCCUUGGCCAACAGCAAGGUCUUCAGCUAGCAGCUGGUGGGAUGGCCAUAAACCAGCUGCAUCAUCUUCCUCGCUCCUUUCCAUCCACUACAAAUUCUGUAACAUUGCCUCAUUUUCAUCAUGCCUUCAAAUAACUAUGACCAUGGUUUGAGGGGGCUUUUUUCCUUCUUUUUUUUAAGACUCUGCUUCUUACUUAAAGCUGUUAGGAUGGGGUGGUUCUGGUUUUGUUUUGAACAAAAACUUCCCCAAAAUGUUUUCAAAGCAUAUUAUGAACCAUGGCUGGUAGUCAAAUUCAGGAUGUUAAUAAACAAGAAGCUCUAUUUUUCAUACUACUAUUAGUUUUUUAGCGCAUUAUGACAGCAGUAGAACUAACCUAUUUCCCUCUAUGUUUUUGUUUCUUACCUUUUGCACAAACAGCUGAAUAAAUAUCUUCAGUGAUAGCAAAGCAUUGUAACAGGCACAAUAAACCUAUGGCUGCUGUGGUAGGAUAGUAGGGUUACGGUGAAUGGGGAGAAGGGGGAAAUCACAGCAAAAUAAUGAGCCAUAAAUCACAGCAGAUCUAUACACAUGGCAAAUGGAACAACCGAUUUAUCAGCAUCUCAUAGAUUUCUGUUAAGCAUUUAAUUACUGAACUUGAUGAAUCUUUAAUUCAAAUCAGAAUCAUCCCAAGAGUAAAUCUUACCUCCUUGUUCUGCUUUUUUUAAAUGAAGGAGAUCACUUUUGUGAUUAUGCUUGACUAGAUUUUGUUUUCUGAAGUGCACUUCAGCAGUGUACAUCAUCUGUGUUUUUUUCCUGGGGUUGCAAAUAAUUACCACUUCUGCAUGACUGAGUAACAACUGAUGUUUUAUGUGCAGUUGUCAGAAUGGGAAGAGAAUUUUCUCAAAAGUUAGAGCAAUAUCUGGCAAGAUCCCAAACACUGUUCUCUCUCUCUCUCUCUCGUAAAUCACCUAAGCAUUUGCUUAAAUUGAAGCAUCUGUUACCCCAUUGGGUCAACAGUUUGAUUUAACACUCAAUAAUAAAUAAUGCUUCCUACCUAAGGGGCCUGUAUUCACCUUUUCUUGAUAAAAAAUGGUCUUUGUUUAGUCCAGGAAGUGAUUAUUAAUCAUAGCCAUCUGAAAUACGGAUUUCUUCAUGGAAAGCCAGCCCUGGCCUAGGGGAGCCUGUGCCCAAGCAGGAUCUCUGUGGGGCCAGGGGCAGUUCCACACAGAAGGGUUGUGGUGGUGAGCUGACACUGUGUCCUAUAUGAAACCAGGUUGUAAGCCUGCCUCACAGGUAUCGCCUGAAAUUAGUAAGCAUAAUAAUAGUUGAGGCCAGGCUAAUCACAGGGAGUUUGCUCAGUAGCACUGGGACAGGUGGAGUUGGGCUUCCAGCCUUUGUUUCUUCCAACUUUGUUUCCUGGGGUGAAUUGUCUGUGUAGAUUUCCAGUUGGCGAUGUGUUGGUGUGACAGUCCUAUCACCUGAUGCAUGAACUAGCAAAAGCUGCAAAAGUCAUAUCUGCCAGUAGAUGACAUUAAAACCAAACAACAACAACAAAAGCAACACAGCCCCACAAACCAACCACUUUCUUCUCCAUUGCCUUUCUUGCCUAACCCAUUAUUAUAAAUAAUGUAAAAAUAAUCCUGGUUUUAGUGGAUAAUGCAGUGGAUUAAUGGAUUCUGUUGCAACUAAAACAGACACAGACUUUCUGGAUUGGAGUAAAUUCUCACACCCCAAGAGCUACUCUUCCAUUAAAUCAAGAAAGAGUUAAUAGUACCUAAUGAUCAUUACAAAUACAGGACAAAGUGUGUUCUCUUCUCCCCCAGUAAUCACAGGAAUAUUUCCAGACAGCUUCAAAUAAAAAAUGCUUUUUAAGUGAUUGCUGUUAAUGAAUUACAGUGACAUUGUACAUGAACUACAAUGAUCUGAAUAUUGUUACAAUUUUAUCAGUACUUGGAUUAAGGAAAUCUUGUAUGACUGCAGUUCAUGCGAGUGUGUUCUUAGGAGAUGCUGUUGAUUGGGACUUUUUGCUAUGAAAACUUUUGGCAUAAGGCAAGCCAAAAGGAAUUUAAAAAAUCAUUCAUGUAAUGACAACAGCAGGAGGCAGAGCAGGUGCUGCAGUCAUGCCCAGUUAGCAGUGAUUUAAAUUACAAGUUCCAGAAUAGGGGGAAAAGGUUGCAAACAAAGUUAAAUGCACAUUCUACAGCUAGGCCUGUAUUUUCAUCAGGACUUGGAAAGUUGUGUGUAUGUACCUUUAAUUCAUUGUUUUCCUUGUUGAUGCAAAUUGAAUUCACUUGGCUUCAUCUAAGCUUAUGUACUUGUAAAAAAAACAUAACAAAUAACAAAAAAACCCACAAGUUCUGUAGCACUGCUUGAUCAUAUACUCUUAAUAGGCAUCUUGUCAUUUUGGUUUGAAAUGUGAGGUUAAAACAAAAAUGUUAUGCAAAUACUGAGCUAGACUGGAGCUCACAUUCUUUCAACUGCUUGACUGUAGCCGGGUGCCUGAGCUCUGAGCUGCUAAGGGAGGUACUGCUGCCUGAUGAUGUGUUGGUGAGAGAUGCUUAUCGUAUGUAACUACAGGUUAACAAGUCUCAUUCAAGUAAGAAGAAAAUAACCACUUCAAUAUUAAAAUACUUAAGAAGCAUUUGAUGGUGUCUGCAGCUAUACAGAUCCAAACCUUAAGUGUGUAACAGUACAGCUUUAUCCCUUCAGUCCAUUCAAAUCUCUUUUUCGAGUUCUUGACAUCAUAAAUGCAGAUGAAGCUGAUGAUGUCUCAUCACAAAGGAAAGGAAGUUAUUUCAAAAGGUUAUGUUUGCAGAAAAAUGGUUUUGUUUCAAAAUUCUCACAACUCAGGAGAUCCCUCAAGUCAUCUAAUACUUCUAAGUAGGGCUGGACUUUCUCAUAGCUUUUGUCAGGGGGACUUCUGUGAGCAUUUUUGGGAGGCCAGCAGUAGCUGAGGCUCAAGAAUGCUUUUUUUUUUCCUGAGAAAACAAAUACUUUGGGCUCAGUAGACCUUCCUGUUGCGCACCUGAAUAUCUCACUGGUGAAAGAGCAACAGUUUGCGUUUGGUGGCCGUAAGAUCAUAGGCCUGCCAGUGCUAAAGGAUUGGUGAGGAGACAGCAGCAAGUCUCCCUGGACUCACCUGAGGUGUCCAAGAGGAUGCGGUGGUGGCAGGCAGGCAGGCAGGCAUGGCUUCAGGCAGCAGCAGUGGAGAAGGUAGCAAGAGCUGCAGGACAUCUGUCUGGUGACACUGCUCACAUGGGGCUGCAACAGCACCAGUGAAGGGAGAGGCAGCCAGAAGCACAGUGGAGGAAGAAGGCAGCACAACCAGUGGCCGGUCCUCCCUCCUCUCUGGAACAUCCUUCUUCCGAGUGGGAGAGGAGGAUGCAAGGGCAGAGAGGAGCAUAGGGAAUGUAGGAUGGACCAUAGAUUAGCAGCUAAGAGGCAGAACAGAAAGAUCUGACUCACACCCUAACAGAGAUAAAAAUACUCUUGUGUCUGAACUCUGCUUGAAAAAUCUGUAGAAGUGGAUCAACAUGUGGUGGUUAACAACAAAUUACUGUCAUUGAAUGAAAUAAUAAAAGAGCAAAACUUAAUAAACAUUUGGUCUCAUACAAGAAAACUAAUCGUUUUGUAUAUAAAAAAAAAAGGAGCCAUGUAAACCUGCUGAAAUAAGGAGCUAGAAGUAUACUACAUAGAACAAAAGACUGCAGCCUCUAUGUAAACAGAAGUAUUGCUAGUGUUCAGUUCACAUCCCCUAUCAGAAGCUAUGCUCCUUUCUUUUUCCUUCAUUUUUUUUACCAACUGGUGCUGUUGGGACUCUCCCUUUUCUUAACCAGUGACUUGCUGUUAGUUCCAGAGUUUUUCACAGCCAGUCUGACAUAGGAGGACAUCCUCUAUGUAUUAAUGAUUGAUUCAUUUCCUCCUAACAGAAUUUUUAAAGUAUUGUCCUUCAACACACCAUUCCUGCCUCUGUAUUUUCUGUCAGAUACUGGAAAAUGAGCUGUGAAGUCCAACACUAAUACACACAGGAAAUAUUGGGAGAACAACAAGAACUACAGUAAAACUUGCUCUAACUUUUCAGGAUUCAUUUAACCGGUUGUAAAAGACAAUGAUUGUGGUAACAUUGCACAGGAGAGUUUGGUUUUUUUCCCUCUUCUUCCUGUAUUGAAUAAAAGGCUAAGCAUUGCUUUAAUGUA